AUGAUGGCAACUGAAGCCACUCCUCAGAACUUCGCGACGUCAUCUAUAACUCCUGAUCAUGAGCUAAACACUACUGAAGCUAAGAGUCAAGAUGUCCCCUCCGACAAAUUUCUCUCUGUAGAUGGAGCGACUGCCGAUAAAGAUGGAAGUAAACAAGAUUCAGAUUCUCUCGAAGUCACCAACAAUAACUCGGCGGAGGUCAGUGUUAAUGGAGGAUCGGAUACUGAAGCUACAAAAGCGGAAACCUCGAAAAUUGGUGAUGAUAAAGGUAGUCAUAUUCGAACAACCUCAACCCUCAAGAAACCAGUCCCAUCUUUCAAGGCAGUUUCAGUAAACAAGACAUUUUUGGCAUCGAAAGCUUCCACGGCUGCAGUCCCAUCGAAGGUUGGAGAUAAAGGUCCUGCAGUUUCUAGUACUGCGCCAGCAACUUUGUCCGCUUCAACCUCAACUACCCCAAAACCUAGAUUGGUCGCGAAAUCAGGCAGUGGCCUCCGUGAUUCAACUCCACGAGCUUCAACUACCGCAAAUGGUGGAAAAGCUGGUGGUGCUCCGGAUGCGAGUGCCGUGUGGAACAAAAAUAGACCUGCUGCCCCACCAGAGCCAAAGCGAUUUACGGAUGAAGAACUCAAGCAACGUUAUGGUAUUCAUUUAGCGACUAGAUUACAAUCUGAUGACCCCGGUAAGCAGGCAAAUUGGGCAGAUAUCGACGAUGACGAUGAUGAUUGGGCACCCGAAUCAAUUGAAUGGACGGAUGGCACGAAAAUUACCCUACCGCACGCAGAUGAUGCACCCCCUCCACCUCCCGAACCUGUACCAGAGCCUGCGCCAGUCGUAAAGGAAAUUAAAAAAACUGAACCCGCACCAAAGCCAUCAAAAUCACCAGCACCUCAGGCGAUAGCUGCUCCUGCUCCUCGACUUGGGUCCGGAAAAGCUGGAUUGGUGCUCAAAGGUGCUCCCGAAAAACCUACUCUCGUUGCAAAACCACCUGGACCUCCAACACCUGUCAAGUCUCCAUGGGCUCAACUUCCUCCAGUCGAAAAAGUGGCCCCUGUCGCAAUUGACGUUCCCCAACAAUCUCAGCAAAACAGAUUUAACCAACGCGAUCCUCAUGGAUUUUCUGGUAUGCCACAACCACCUGCGAAGGAAAUUGCGGCCGAUGAUUUCAGCCGAACCUGGAGAGAAAGCAACGCACAUGCUAAUCGGGAGCUCUAUAAUUCGCAAUCUGGUCGGUAUGAGCCUGUUAAUGAGGGUCGACGUGGAGUUUCUAGAUCCGAUGGACAAUCUCGCGGUCCUGCAGUCCUUCAACGACCAUCGCAUCAAGAUGGGCCUGCAGAGCCAUCUGCCGCUUUUCAAACUCAUCACACGAGCGCGCAACAAGGCAAUUAUGGACGCCGUCGCACUUCUUCUAAUGUUAGCGGGGGAAGUGGAAAUUUUACUAGACGUAUGAGCCGCGGUCAUGAUAUGCCACCACCUCACGAAAUGUUAAACGCACGCAGAGGCUCAUUGGCAGCUGUAAGUGAUGCGCCGUCUUCACCAAGAAAUUUCUCCCCGUCUGGUCAAAAUUAUCCAAACCAGCAACAUCAGCAACGAGGUUAUCAAAACCAAAGUCAACCAUGGCAAUCUCGCGCAUCGCCAGCUGUUAGUCAUGCAUCUCCUCAUUCUACUUAUGGACAACUUGCUUCAGGUUCGGGUGAUAUGCACAUGCAUGGUCAAGGUCCGCCACAGGGCCCACCAGUGGGCGCUGCACGUGACGAUGAUGCUUUGGAAGAACAAAAGAUUAUCAUGAGACGAACCCGUGAACUUGCGAUUAAGAGAAGACAAGAGGCCGAAGCCAAAGAGGAGGCUGAGAGAAAGGAGCGUAUCCGGAUUAAGCUUGAAGCAAUGGGUCCACCUCCAGAGAAGAAAAAGGUUAAGGAAGAGCCGGUCAAAGAGGAAAGCGUACCUACCUCAAUUCAAUCCCGCGAAGGAAAAACGCCUGUUUUGGCCAAAUCAACGGAAACGGAAACCUCCAAUGAUGCCCACGUGCCUAAAUCGGAAAUCACGAAUGAAAAUGAUGAUGCAAGUUACAUUGAAGGAAAUUCUACUGCCACCGAUUCACGAUCAAAUGGUGUCUUUCAGCCCAGUGCUUCGGCGCCUACGCAACACACUAUGCCCGAUAACCGAAAUUCACAAUCAUGGCAGAGAAAUUCAGCUUCAAAUUACCCGGCUGAUAGAUUCACUUCAUGGUCGGCUGCGCCCCCACCACCACAAAAUUCAUCUUCGCGGAUUUGGGGACCUCCCACAAAUGAAAAAACAAUUGGAAACGGUACUUUUAAUCCAGAAUUGAAUAGGCUUCCUGAGAUGUCUCGCCAAUCACUCUCAGAUAUGCCUCAUUCAUCUGCUCAUCCAGGACCAAUUGGACCACCUGGCGCAAACCGUGGUAAUGGUUCUUAUCAGGCAAAUCGUGGUCAAAACCAAUACAACUCCCGACCACCUCCAAUCGGACCUCCAUCGGCGAACAGAGUACCUCAGCCACCAAGAUCAUACGAGGAUGAGCAGCGAAAAGCUAUGGCUAGACAAGUUUGGGGUGGUGUACCUGAUAGAAUAUCACAAGAGGAUGCAAUUCUUCAUCAACAACAUCAGGAGGAAAUGGAGCGCAAACGUGAAUUGGAAGCAGCUGGUAUUGUAGAGGAGCUUCCUCAGCCUGUCUACGAAGACACCUGGAAGCAAGUUACAUUAAAUGAAGAUGGCACAAGAAGUAAGACGAAGAAGGUUUCGACUGCUUUAGUUGAUGGAAGAUCGUCGACUCCUUCAGUUUUGACCGAAAAUACUUCUCGUGGUAAUGCUCGACCCGAUUUGUCUCGAACACAGUACAAUAACAAUUCAUGGCCGGGUCAAGAGACUAACGCAUCAAGUGCACAUCGAGAGUCAAAGUUUUUCCCGAGCCACAAUCGCGACGUUCGCCUUGAAGAGAUGAAUGGCCAUGGUUUUGAACGAUCAUCAUCACCAUCUCCACCUCCACCUACCAUGGAUGGUCACCCGGCUUAUGAUAGCGACUUUGCACAACCACAUGUUGCUCUACCACCUCCAUUACCUGUGGUUAGAUUGCCACCUCCGACCAUCGUUGCACCAAUUGCUCCUCCACGUCCAACAUCUUUUGCAGCCGCAGCCGCAGCCCCUGCAGUUCCUGCCAUCAGUCAAAUUCCUGGUAUGGUAGCCCGUCAAGGACUCGUACGGGCUGGGUCAACUUCUUACGACAUUCGCAGAGGCGUACCUUCAUCCACCCAAACAGGAGAAUGGAAGGAAAAAAUUGAUCAACUGUUCGGCAAGAAGUCACCACCAAGAACUCAUGCUCUUGCUGUCGAUUCUUCUAGCAGACGUGCAUUUGAUCAUUCAUCAGAGUCGCACGCUUCUACUGCCACUGUGGUUUCCCUCCCUGGCUCCGUCAACGAUAAUUUGUUUGGCGAACAAGAAUCACUCGACACGAAGCCGGCUGCGGAGGAAUGCUUUGAGGAACAAGAGAUGGGCUCGUUACCUGUCAUCAAAAUGCCACAAACCACUCCAUCAAAUGCCUUUCAACUUGCUCCCCCUCCAAGAAAUAUUCCUCGAAAGUUCCUCAUGUCUGAUACAACAUCCGCAGAAUCAAUGCAAUUUCCAAUGGAAAUCAGCAACAAUUUCGGUUCUUUAACAAUUUUGCUACCCGGUCAGGAAAAGUCUAAAGUGGUUCAACUUCUAAUAUCUCGGACUAGAAGCAACCCGCGACGUGGACGCGGCGGAUCAAGACAAACUUCGUCAACACAUCCAAGAGGUAGCCGUGGUGGAAGAGAUAGUAACAAUGGCUCUUCAUCCACCCCUCGUGAAACUCCACCUGCAAAUACAAACAAUACUUCUGGGCGUGGCCGUGGUGGAAGAGGAUUUGGGAAUAAUACUAGCUGGAACCGCCAUGCUGCCACACCAGUUCACACUUAA